CGAUGGGCCGAGGCAGAGAUUGCGAAACCGAAGAUGCGGUAGUCGAGCGGUAUAGUUAAGCGUGUGUAUAUAUUUUUUUGUUUGUGUUCUUGCAGAUAUCUUCCUAAAGAAAGAUAUGUGGGAAGUUUACGUUGUCCGAGCGUGACGAUGUUUCCCCUGUGUGCGGAUGACGAACACUCAUGUAACUGGAGAGGCAGACAGUUUGUGAUGCUCACAUAUUAACUUACGUGAACAUGGCGACCUGCAGAAGGUGUUUUGUAUUUGUGUCAGCGAGUGUUUAUUGCGUGCAGGAGAUGUUAUAACGUUUUCUGGAACCAUAUCAGUUUUCACAAGUUGUGUAUUGAAUUCGUGGUGUUGUGCCGUAGACCAAGUGAUUUUAUAGUAACAUCAGAACCUGCGUAGCACAAGUUCUACCUUGAGAUUCAAAUUUCAGCUUUCCCGUUUAAAACAGUAUGUGUACAAAAUGUGACGCAUUCGGGUCUGCGGUGUAACAGUGCGUGUUUUGAUUGGACCUGUUGCAAACCAUUUGUAGUAUAGUAGACUUCAGUGGAUGCGAGUGUGACAACAGCUAUAGCCCAUGUUUGCUUAUCAGAAAGAUGCAAGCUUUUCUGUUGGCGGUACAAUGGAAAUACAACGGUCAUGUGUAAUUAAUAUGUGAUUGAGUUCAGUGCUCUGCGUCAGUUAGCAAGCCGUUAUAAAUGCCAAGCAACAUGUCCCGUGGGUACUACAAAUUAAAUAGUCGCAAGCCCUCUCAGGGCAGUUUGCAGUUUGACAAACUUUUUCAUGAGAAUAGUAAUCGUCCCUCAGCAGCAAAAAGUGCAGGUACUAUUGGCCGUUGGGGAGUAAUCUCAUGCACGUCACUACGAAGCACCAACAUAAUAGGAAGGAAGGAAGAAGAAUAUGGUGCCAAAAGAAUGCGUCUGGAAUUCAGUGGCCGCAACUCUCAACUGUCAUCUAGAGACCCUUUCUCCUUUGAGUCGAGUGCUGUUGGUCCACCACCAGUUGUGAAACCCAGAAAGUUCUUCAAAAGUCGUAAUAUUGAUUCACCUCCAGAUGAUGGACACAUCAGUUCACCAGCAUACAACAACAAAGAAAGGAGUUCAGAUUCAACUUAUAAAUCCAAAGUGAAAAAGUAUGGCAAAAAUAACUAUCAUUCUCAUUCAGCAGGGUCUAAAAAAGUUUUUGGAGCUUCUGUUAAGGGCAGUUCCAACACCUCAAAUGUUGAACCCCAGGCGGAGCAGACAGAAGCUAUGAACUUAACAAGUCCAGCCAAAACAGCAGUUCCACCAAGAGAAGAGAAUAAGCCUCCAAUUGUUCUGAGGAUAUUCAAAGGCACUUCACACUUAGUUAGUGUUCCAUCCAGUCCAUGUGAGAACAGCAGUGGAAUAUCAUUACGUAGCUCUACAAGAAAAAGAAGUCACAGCAGCGAUUCACGCAGUGUAGUGAUGUACAGCAGCAGUAUUAUAACAGCACCAAAGAGAUCGACUAGAGAACUGAGAAGCAAGCGAGUUUCGGAUUCAAGUUUCGAUUAUGUAGCAGAAGUAUCACAACAGGCCUCAGCGGUAGAUAAUUUGAAUAGCAGUGGUAGUAGCACCAACAGCAGCAGUAGCAGUGGUGGCAGCAGUAGGAGUAAUUGUGCUAGUAAUGAUUGUUUAGAUUUAGCUGUAGAGGACACAACGAAGAAUGACAAUGAAUGUUUGCCCGAGAAUCCUGUAGAAAGAAUGAGUAGUCCUAUUGCAAAUGUUGACAAUUCUCCUAUACCAGUGAAAAAUGAGCAAGAAGUGGUGGAAGCUGAUGAUAAUCAGCCUCUUGCUUUGGAAUGUCCUUCAGUUAACACACUACCUCUGCAAGAAAAUGUUGAACAUUUUGGUGAACAGUGCAAUGGUCACCAAGAACAGUAUACAGAGGAACCUGUACAGAUGUGUAAUUCCAUACCUGAAGCAUUAACUGAGGUAGAUAAUCAAAAAGAAAUUGAGCAAAUGGUAGCAGAUUCUCCACAACCACCUGAUACAAAAACUUUGCUCGAUCAGGACUGGUUCUCAGACAGCGACGACUGUAGUGAUAGCAUUUCUGAUCACAUAAACACGAUAGCUUCCACCCAAGGUGAAGGUGAAACAGAAUCAGAAAUAACUGAUGGAAGUUUGUCCAGGGUAUUGACUCAGGAAAAAUGUGAACUAGACACACAGCAAGAGUCAGGCCCAGAGUCAGGAAGGACAUCACCUGCAGAUAAACAGUCACCUCCACCUUCGCCUAAGGCUGAAACUCGUCCAAUGUCUACUCGAAUAUCACCCAUAAAAAAAGGUAGCAUUUUCAAGAGUCGGUCAUUAUUGUCCGGUAGUAAGAAGAGACUAGCUUUGUACAAACACAAGUGGGCCGAUGAUAAAGAAGGUGGUGGUGGGGCCACACCUGAAGGCGCAUCUCAAAGCCAGGAAGUUGGGGGAGCAGUUAAUAGCGUUGGAGCUUCAGUUUCACAACCUUGUCUAACAGAAGAAGACUUUGAACCUUCUAGGCUUACUAGGGUCACAUCAUGGCCAUUAAAUUCAAUGGCAAGUGAAGAAGAUCAAGAAGAGGCCAUAACCAGUGUAAAAUGUUCCAAAAAUGCAAAAGGGUAUUAUACUGUUGUCCGCAAUGUUAAAAAAGCACAUCAGAUCCAAGAGUCUGGAGAAUUUCAAGAAUUUAAUGAUGAUGUAGAAUAUAUUUUAGAUGCUCUGCAGGACAACAACCCAAUUGGAACACGGUGCCUUUCAGCCAUAACAUUAGCUUCAAAGUGUAUGGCACCAGCAUUUCGAAUGCAUGUCCGUGCACAUGGUACAGUGGCCAAAUUCUUCCGUGCACUACAUGACGCAACUCGAGAUCAGAGCUUGGGGCUUUGUACUGCAACUGUGAUGUUUGUGCUGAGCCAGGAUCGUCUCAAUAUGGAUCUCGAUCGUGACUCUCUUGAGUUGAUGCUUGGUCUAUUAGAAUGUGAUGCUUCUCACCACAGUGCUCUUGAUGACUGUGGCAUGAGCAGUGUUCAACUUGCAAAGAACAAGGAGAAAGUGCGAGAGCUUUGUGCUGCAAUACAAAGCCAGGGCCAUGCUAAAUACCUAGACCUUGAUAACAUUACGGUGGGCCAUCUAGCCAUGGAAACAUUGCUAAGUUUGACAUCUAGACGUGCUGGAGAAUGGUUUAAAGAAGAACUGCGAGAACUAGGUGGUCUUGAACACAUAGUGCGCACAAUUUGUGACUGCUGCACACAAAUUGAUGAUUAUGUUGUUGAGUGGACUGAAGUGCUCUUGAACAGGCUCAGGAAAGUUGACCGAUGCCUCAGGGUUUUGGAAAAUGUUACUCACCAAAAUGAAGAAAAUCAGUUGUACCUCUUACGCUACAGUGAUGGAAUUUUGGUUGAUACAUUAAUGAGACUCUAUUGCCAGUGUGACUCUGAGAUACCAUUGUACCCAGUCACAAAUGCAGGUGACAAAGAGUCUGCCGGAGCUGUAAUAAGAGAGGCAUUGCUUGCUACUCUGAAGGUGUUAAUAAAUCUUUCUCAUGACUUCAAUGAUAAAUUCUCUUCUUUUCCUAACGAAUUUGGUGGAACAUAAUACUGAGAACAGAAAAAUUCUUUUUGAAGCAAGAGCCCCUGCUGGACCAGAUAAUGUUUUUCACUAUAACACCAAAAGUGCCGUGGAAGCACUAGUAACAUUCUUCUACCAGCAAGAACAACAAGCACGUGUUGAAGAGGGUAAGACUGAUGCCAUUUUGGAUGGAAAGAAAGAUGCUGAAGUUCAGGAUGAAGCUGCACAGGCACCUAAAACACAAGAAGAGUUUAUUGAAGAAACUGUAGCAAAAUUGUUACAGAAAGCUGGUCGUAAUAUGGAGCAUACUCUCAUUGGUGCUUACGUAGGUCUGCUGUUGGGAUAUCUUGUUAUAGAUAAUAAGGACUAUGAACAUCUGAUUCGUCAGUACCUGCCUGAGGGAAAUUUCAAGACAAUAGUUGGUGUGCUGCAGAAGGUUUAUGACUUCAUGAAUCUCACAGCUUCUGCUGUAGGCAGCAGUAGAGGAAUAGCUCAAACUCGCCGUAUAAUUAACUUCCUGGUACAGUGUGAUGGCCCAAGUACCAGUGAUCAGGACACCCUAUCAUCUCAUUUUAGCUUGUCUGACAACAUUUCGUGAUAGGACCUAUGCAUGUGGGAUUCGUUAUUAACUGCUUGUGCAAACUGAAAUAAUUGAAGUGGUUUCCAGGUUAAUUUUAAACAUAUGAAAAUACGAUAGUGUAAGAAGAGCUAUUAUCUGAAAUGUACGGUUUAUGUUUUGUGUAUAGUUACUUUUAAUUUAUUUCCCAUUUUUAAGAUUAAGCUGCAGCAAUUUCAUAUUUAUAUAAAAAGCUGUGAAGUAAUGUGAUACAGUUCGUGUUAUGAUUGUGUGUGUUGUGUUAUCUGUAAAUUUUAUCUGAGAAUUUGAUCAGCACCAUUUUAUUCCUCUUGUUAGCUUACCGUAAUUGUUGCAUAAUAUUUAAGCUGACCAAAAUGGCAGACUCUGAGAGCACUAACUUUAAAGACUUUUUAAUUUUUCACAUUAUUUUGGAACAGUAUGAUUAGAAACUUCUGAAGUGGUCUUACCAAUAAUGACAUGUACAUACAGUGUAUUGUUAGAACAUAUACUUAUAAAAUGAAAAGUUUUAUUUAUUUAUUUUAGUAUAGCUGUGUGUUGUACAAACUUGACUGGGAAGAGGCUCAAAUAUAUUGUAUACAAAUUUAGUUUUCUCUUCAGUGGUGAACAAUAACACUGCAUAACUGUUUGAAUUGACUUGUCCAGUGGUCACUUCAUUAUUGGACGCUGUAAUUUUAAUUUUGUACAAUAGGAUGAUAUCGUGCAGGCUUCUUCUCAGGGAAAUAUUUUAUUUGUAUUACUUUUUAAAACUGUAAAUAGAAGUCAGACUUUUUAAAAAAAUUGACAUAUUUUAUAAAAUUCCAUGUGUACAGUAAUUUGUGGACUAAAUGUUAAUAUUUUCUGUUUUGAUAUAAUACACUCUACAUGCCAGUGAAAUUUUGUCAUUUGAAGCAUAGGUUAUAAACAGAUGCCUUACUUAUGAUUCAAUUUCCAAAAUAAUGACCGUUCACUACAUUGUUUUUUAACCUUCAGACAGUAUUUUGAACACAAUAUCAGUAUAAAUCAUUCUUCUUCAUCAUUCCUUCUAUUUGGACCAAAUGAAUUACAUAUAUUACAUCACACAAUAUCUUUAGUGAGCAUACAAAUACCUGAAAAUAAUGUUGUGAUAUAUGUGUCAUUCCAUCUGUGUGUACCAAUUAAUUCCAAAUGUUCAGAAACAGGAAAUGAUCUUGACCUUGAAGAUGGGCUUACUGUUGUCAAUGUUUUUCACCAUGUAGGGGUACAGAAUCACUUACUGAAAGAUUUAAGUAAGAAGAUUUUAAGACAUAACUUACAGUAUCAUUCUGUAAUGCUGAACAGAUCUGUUUUUAUUUCUCUGGCAAUAUUUUGUAUAAAAUGAAAAUUGAUCUUUCGUGUGGAUACAGAAAGCUUGCUCUCUCUCUCUCUCUCUCUCUCUCUCUCUCUCUCUCUCUCUCUCUGUGUGUGUGUGUGUGUGUGUGUGUGUGAGAGAGAGAGAGAGAGAGAGAGAGAGAGAGGGAGAGAGAGAGAGAGAGAUGGUCAGUUACUAACUGUAUCAAAUGUACAGAAUUUUAUGUGGAAUUGUUGAGAGUUUAUAUCCUAGUGUGACAUACUUUUCCUGUUUACAUUUCAGGGCAUAUUGUAUUUAGCUGGUGAUCUGAGUCACAAAAAUUGUCAUUUUAGUGUGAUGAUGAUGAUGAUGAUGAUGAUGAUGAUAUUGUAAUAAUAACAAAAAAGGCAUGGUGUAGAAGGAAUGAGUAUUUUCAUUAAUUCGUAAAUGAACCCACACAUGUGCAUAAACAUUCAUUUUUGUGAACAAUUUCAGAUUGGUUUUGUAAUUGAUCUCAGACUCCACACACUAUACAACAUAGUGGUUAUGAACUUCUGGUCAGUGAGAGGGUUGGUUGUGAUGUAAAAUGUUUUCAUCCAGUUUUGUGUAUUUAGUGUGAGAUUCUAUACUUGUUGGGAAACAGCCUGUUCAGUACACUUUUCUGUAUUUGUGAAGUAUCUGAAGAUAGUGUCCGUAAAAGCUAUAGAUGAAACUAUUUUGCAUAACAUCUGUCAGUACAAAAUAUGAAUCUGUAGAUUGAUAAGAAAUAUUUUUGAUGUGAAUGAAUUGUUGUAAAAUAAAGCAGCACAACUCUUAGAGAAUGUACACAUUUUCCAAAAUUGCAUGUAUUGUGUUUUAAGAGGAGUCCUGAAAUUCAGUUCAAUUGUAUACAUUACUUAAAAACAGUUCAUACUUUCCUGAAUUUUGUAUACAAAAUAUUAUGUCAUUAUGAUCACAUUUUAUUGCAGCUUACAAAUGGCCUUUUGUCAGUGUAGAUUGUGGUUUUCCCCCCUCCUGAAGGCUCUGCAAUUGUGUGCUGGUAUGUAAUGAAAUCAACCUUUUGGAAUUCGAGUAUGUUACAUUUCAGUAUUGUGGGCAAGAUAUAAAACUUUAUUUUAUUGCAUAAUCAAGCACUGCCAAGACAUUUAUUCUCUAAAGAUACAACUUGUGUGUGAUAUACAUUUGGUAUUUUACAAAGAAAUUAUGUAGCCUUACAUUUCCUUUUGCUUUUGUUGUGUGUGUGUGCUGUUUUCUUUUAUAGUUAAUACAUGUAUGACUGUACUUUCUUGUCCUGUAGUCAGGUUUACUUCAUUCAUUUCUCCUCUCCUCAUGUUUGUCAGCGACUGAUGAUUUGUACUGAUGAACUGUAAGCUUCUGUUCCUGUAACACUCAUGAGUAAUUUAGUUGUCUGCACACUUAUUGUGGUGUAAAACUGAGGCAGAGCAUGUUGAGGAAUUUUCCAUUGAGUUGUGUGUGAAAAUUUCCUCUUGCACCAAUGUGUACAUCACUGAGUCUAUCAGCACCUGAAAGGCAUUCACUUAAAGAAAGAUGUAAACA